AAUCAAAUUUAUAUCAUAGAAACCUAUAAAAUGGUCGAAAAAUAUAUACAUUACAUUUUUUGAUUUUAUAUUAUAUCUCUAAGAUAAUAAUUUCAUAAAACAUAAUAUAUCUUGAUAUAUGACGUGAAUAUAUGUAAUGUUAUAAUUGGAAGCGAUAGCAGUAAAGUUUAUAUUUUCCUGUGUUGCAUCAUCUAUGAUUUAUAAACUUCUAAACCUGUUAACUUCAUGCAGAAGUAUUUGAUACGUGGUAUUCGAUACUUAAUCUUAUAAAGUAACUUGGAUUUUAUUAUAUAAAAAAAUGACAACAGAAAGAAAGGGAACAUUUAAAGUAGAAUAUCUUCAAAAAAUUGAAAAAGAUAUUCAAGCUAUAUGGGAAGAAAGAAAAAUAUAUGAAGAAGAUGCACCUUUGGAACCAAGGAAAAAUUCUGAUGAGAAAUUUCUUGCAACAUUUCCUUUUCCUUAUAUGAAUGGAAGACUUCAUCUUGGUCAUACAUUUUCAUUAUCAAAAUGUGAAUUUGCAAUACGAUACAAUCGUCUUUUAGGAAAAAAAGUUCUUUUCCCAUUUGGGUUUCAUUGCACUGGUAUGCCUAUUAAAGCAUGUGCCGAUAAAUUGAAAAGAGAAAUGGAAUUAUAUGGUUAUCCACCAGAAUUUCCUAAGAAUGAAGAAAAAAUUAAAGAAGAAAUUAAAGAUGAUAUAGUAAUAAAAGAUAAAAGCAAAGGAACAAAGAGUAAAGCAAUUGCAAAAACUGCUAAUGCAAAAUAUCAGUGGCAAAUUAUGCAAAUGCUUGGUUUAAAAAAUGAAGAUAUAAAAAACUUUGCUGAUGCUUCAUAUUGGUUAGAUUAUUUUCCUCCUCUUGGUGUAAAAGAUAUUAAAUCAAUUGGAUUACAUGUGGAUUGGCGUAGAACAUUUAUUACAACUGAUGCAAAUCCAUUUUUUGAUUCAUUUGUACGUUGGCAAUUUCAACAUUUAAAAAAUAGAAACAAAAUAAAAUAUGGAAAGAGAUAUACAAUUUAUUCACCAAAAGAUGGACAACCUUGUAUGGAUCAUGAUAGAUCAUCUGGAGAAGGUGUGGAGUUACAGGAAUAUACUUUAAUUAAAAUGAAAUUACAAGAACCUUAUCCUUCAAGUUUGAAAUCUCUUUCUGGAAAACCAGUUUAUUUAGUUGCUGCUACUUUAAGACCAGAAACUAUGUAUGGUCAAACAAAUUGUUGGAUUCAUCCAGAUAUAAAUUAUAUUGCUUAUGUAUUGCCAAAUGGAGAUGUUUAUAUUUCAACAGAAAGAGCUGCUCGAAAUAUGGCAUAUCAAGAUUUUUUUGAAGAGGAAGGAAAAAUACCAAUUGUAUUAAAAUUUACUGGAAAAGAAAUAUUAGGAUUACCAUUAGAAGCACCUCUUACAAAUUACAAAGUGAUUUAUACUUUACCAAUGUUAACUAUUAAAGAAGAUAAAGGUACUGGAAUUGUUACUUCUGUACCUAGUGACUCCCCUGAUGAUUAUGCAGCUUUAAUAGAUUUAAAAAAAAAACAAGCUCUCAGGGAAAAAUAUAAUAUAACUGAUGAUAUGGUAUUCUCUUAUGAUCCUAUACCUAUUAUUGAAGUACCAGAAUUUGGUAACUUAUGUGCAGUAACUUUAUAUGAUAAAUUAAAAAUUCAAUCUCAAAAUGAUAAAGUUAAAUUAUUACAAGCUAAAGAAAUGGCAUAUCUAAAAGGAUUUUAUGAUGGUGUUUUGCUAGUUGGUCAAUAUAAAGGAAACAAAGUUCAAGAUGUUAAAAAAUAUGUUCAAAAGGAAUUAAUAAAUGAAGGAAAAGCAGUUAUAUAUUAUGAACCUGAGAAAACUAUAAUUUCAAGAUCAAAUGAUGAAUGUGUAGUAGCUUUAUGUAAUCAAUGGUAUUUAGACUAUGGAGAAGAAACUUGGAAAAGAGAAGCAAUAGAAGCCUUAAAUAACCUUAAUACUUUUCAUGAUGAAGUGAGAAAAAAUUUUAUGGCUUGUCUUAAUUGGUUACAUGAGUAUGCAUGUUCAAGAACUUAUGGACUUGGUACUAAAUUACCAUGGGAUGAAAAUUGGUUAAUAGAAUCACUCUCAGAUUCAACAAUUUAUAUGGCUUAUUAUACUGUGGCGCAUUUAUUGCAAGGAGGAACAUUUAAAGGCGAUAAACCAAAUAGUUAUAACAUAAAGCCUGAUGAAAUGACAUCUGAAGUAUGGGAUUAUAUUUUUUUUAAAGAUACAAAAUAUCCCGAAACGAAAAUAAAGAAAGAGGCAUUAGAUCAUAUGCGACGUGAAUUUAAUUAUUGGUAUCCAGUAGAUUUACGAGUAUCUGGAAAAGAUUUAGUACAAAAUCAUUUAACAUUCUUUAUUUAUAAUCAUAUUGCAAUCUGGCCUAAGCAACCUGAAUUGUGGCCAAAAGGAAUAAGAGUAAAUGGACAUUUACUUUUAAACUCAUCGAAGAUGUCUAAAUCAGAAGGCAAUUUUCUAACACUUGCUGAAGCCAUAGAAAAAUUUUCAGCAGAUGGCACGCGACUGUGUCUGGCUGAUUCUGGCGAUUCAAUAGAAGAUGCUAAUUUUGUAGAAAGUACAGCUGAUGCUGGAAUUCUUAGAUUAUAUACCUUUAUUGAAUGGGUUAAAGAAGUGUUAGCUUCAAAAGAUAUUUUUAGACAAGGAAAACCAUAUACAUUUAAUGAUAAAGUUUUUGAAAGUGAAAUAAAUCAAAAAAUACAAGAAACUGAAGAGAAUUACUCAAAAAUGUUAUAUAAAGAAGCUCUAAAAACAGGAUUCUUUGAAUUACAAGCAGUAAGAGAUAAAUAUUUACAAUUGAGUGCUUUAGAUGGUAUUAAUUGGAUAUUAAUUAUGAAAUAUAUAGAAUUUCAAAUUAUUCUUUUAUCUCCAAUUUGUCCACAUGUAACGGAACAUAUAUGGACAUUAAUUGGUAAAGAAGAUAGUAUAUUAAAUGCUAGAUGGCCUCAGGUAGGUUUCAUAGAUAAAGUACUUAUAAAAUCAUCACAAUAUCUUAUGGAUGCUGCACAUUCAUUUAGAAUAAUGUUAAAAAAUUAUUUAACUCCUAAAAAAACACAAAAAGGAAAAACUGAAACAUUAACUAUAGAAAAACCUACCGAGGGAAUAAUUUGGAUAGCUAAAACAUAUCCUCCUUGGCAAAGUACUGUUUUAACUGUGAUGAAAAAUUUAUAUCUUAAAAAUAACAAUAAUUUACCAGAAAAUAAAAUUAUAGCAGUAGAAUUGGGAAAAUAUCAAGAAUUAAAAAAAUAUAUGAAACGAUUAAUGCCAUUUGUACAAGUUGUAAGAGAAAAAAUUCAACUUGCUGGAUUAAAUGCAUUUAAUUUAACCUUAGAUUUUGAUGAAUUUAAAGUUCUUCAAGAUAAUAAAAAGUAUCUUGAAAAUACUUUAGAUCUAGAAAAUAUUGUGAUAAAAUAUACGAAUGAAGCUUCAGAAAAAACGAGAGAAGAAUGUUGUCCAGGUGCUCCUUAUAUGAAUUUUUCUGUUAAACUUGGAAUUCCAGUAUUCAUUAUAAAUCCACAAAAAUAUAAUGGUUUAUUUGGAAUGACCAUUAAAAUAGCAAAUGCAGAUACUGUAGAAAAUAUUAUAUCACGAAUAUCAAAAGAUAGUAAACUUAUAAAAAAUCCAUCAUUAAUAUCGUUAUAUCGUUACAAUGAUCCUGUAUUAGGACCUAGGAAUAAACCUACAACUGAAAAUAUAUUAAAAGGUAAAACUUUAAUUCCACCUAAUUCUGUAUUUAAUGUUGAUAUGGAAAGCAAAAAUAUUAGUGUAGAUGUAGAAGGAAUUACAUAUAAUAUAGGUAAUGAAUUAAUUUAUAUUUACCAAUCUCUGGAAAAUUAAAUAUAUUCAGAAUUAAUAUAAAAUAUUUUAUAUAAAAUAUUUAUAUAUAAUUUUUUAUAAUAAUGAAUGACAAAUAUUCUACAUGAUUUUUAAAAAAUAUAUAAGAUCUUUAAAUUCGUAUUUUUUUUAUUAUUUAAAUUAAAAAUUCUAUUGUUCAUGAAAUGUAAAUAUUAUUUACAAAAUAUAUAUAAUAAAAUUUAUAUUAUAAUAUAAAAAUUAAUUUAUUUUGAAAAAAAAAAUAAAUUUUUGAAAAAUAAAAAAAUUUAUAUUUUUCUUCUUAUAUAAAAUAUUUUCUUAUAUAAAAUAUGAAUAUACAUUUAUUAUCUGAUUUAGAUAUAAAGAAUAUUUAAGGAUUUUAAUUUAUUGUAAUUAUUUCAUUAUAAUUUGUUAAUAAUAAUGAAAUAUAAUUUUUAAUAAAUUUUUUUAUAAUUUCUUUUUACAUAAUAUUAUAUAUUUAUCAUAUUUUUUAUUAUUUUAUUUGAUACUUUAUUUGAUACUUGUUAAAAAAAAGGAUUAUGUAAAAAAAAUAUACUUCUGAAAUUUAUAUAAUAUUUAUAUUUUUAUGUUUUAAUAAUAAAAUGAAUUUCUUUUAAUAUUUAUGUAUAAAUAUAAUUCAAAAGAGAUAAAAGAAAGAAAAUAUUUUUUAUUAGCAUCAAGUUUAAAAAUAUUUUAAUAUUUGAAUUUUUGAUUUAUUUUUAUUUUGCAUUAUGUAUGAUUAUUUAUAUAUUACACAUUUACAACAUAUAAUACAAUUUAAGCAUUUAAUUUCUUUUCCAUUUCUCUACCUCUAAUCGUAUUUUCUUUAUAUCAGUGGCAUUUGUUCUACAGCAUCCACCUAUAUACCGAACACCUAAAGUAAGCCACUCAUAUAUAAAUUCAUGUAAAGAACAUUCUUCAUCUUUUAUUAUCCAACCAUUUUCUAUUGUAUAUUUUUCACCACUAUUGGGAUAUACUACCAAUGGUACAAAUUCUUGCUUGUUAUUUUCAUUAAUUCCUUUUAAUAAUUUAGUUACAUUUUGUGGUGCAGUACAAUUGACUCCAAUUGCUAAAAUUUGUUUUGGUAAAGCUUUUCUAUAACAUUGCAUUGCAAUUUGUUGAAAAUUAGUUCCAUCUGCUAUACUUUUUCCAUCAUUGCAACAUGAAAAAGAUAACCAAGCUUUACUAUUUGGAUACUCUUUUAAUAAUUUAAUCAAUGCUUCUGCUUCUUGUUUACAUGGAAUUGUUUCUAUAGCUAAUAUAUGAACACCAUUAUCUAUCAAUUUUUGAAUACGUGGUCUAUGCCAAUUUAUAAGAAAUUCUUCUGUUACAUUUGAACAAUAUUUGCCACUAUAUUCUGAAGCAUCAUGUAAACAAGCUCCAUAUGGUCCAAUUGAUCCAGCAAUCAAUGGAUUUGCAUUUAUAACAUUAGCUUUAUUUUCUAUGUCUUUUUUAUACAAAUUCACAGCUUCUUUAGCAUAAUCUACAGCUUUAGAAAAGAUAUCAAGACUUUCUUCUUCUGUAAUGUUCAUAUAUUUUGAAAAGCCAUCAAUAGAUGCUUGAUAAGUGUUUGUUAAAAUUAUAUCUGCUCCAGCUUUCAAAAAAUCCAAAUGUGUAGAAAUAAUUGCAUUAGGAUUUGUAACAAGGAAACGUGCUGUCCAUAAUGGAUCACCAUCUAUUGUAUCAUUAACAUGAGUUGCUAAUUGUGUAGAAAAUCCACCAUCUAAUACCAUCACUUCUUGCAUGAUUUUCUAUUAAAAUUAUCGUAAUUAUUAAAUAUUUUUAAUAUCAAAAAUAUCGUUACACACACACAUAUAUAAAAAUAUAUAAUUAUUUUUGUUUUUUAAUCAUUUUAAAUUGUAAAUAAUUUUUCUUAAUAACGGUGCGUCUUUCACAUUGGAAAAACCAAAUUUUUAUUUAUAAUUUCGCGCACGUCUUGGCCACUUAAAUGUGUUUACAACGUCUGAGGCAACAAUUUCUAUAAUUGACUUCACAAAAUAUAUCUAUUCCAAAGUCCAUUAUGAAUCUGUGAGAUAAAUAUUAUAAAAAUGUGAACAAAAUUUCAAAUG